UUAGAGAGGAAAGACAGCGAAUUCAACUAAACGAGGGCUCGGUUUGUUACCCUACACAACGGUAGGGGAAAGUGGAAAUAGAGAGAGGAAAAGAGGGAAAGACUGAACACUGCGUGCACGCGUGAGGGUGCACAGGUGGGCUACAAAUGGUCACUGAGGCCGGUGCACUUGAAGAACAGCACUAGUGCGUGUUAUGGGCGUUUUGUUGUAAUCGCUUCCACACACUAAAUAAUAUAUAUGGUGAUUAUUUUUAGGUUUUAUCGAAUUUUUAAAAAUAGCCGGUUGCACAUAACAUAAUUCUAGUCCUUGAGCUGGAUUAUUCAGAGGUGGACAUUACUUGCACGAUAAAUCGAAACACAUAUUCAAAUAAUUAACAGUUAUCCACCAAUUUCGAAUUAGUGACUUUACGGCACACAUUGGAAUUUACGAAUUGUAGCCGGUGAGCUUUCAAGGCGUAUACACUUGGAAUGACUGACUAUCCAGAACGACACCAGUUUGGAAAAAUGCCCCAUCAAACUCGCCGUGUAAAAUGCACCGUUGUUCCACUUGAUUAACAAAGCGCACUUCUCGUGCAUUGAAGCACAACAGUAACUGGAGCGCCCGUGCGUUUCGUUCCGCGCUUUGAGAAAUAUCUCGAAACUGGUGUCAUCCUGGAAAUCCAUUUCAGGCAGAUGCGCCUCGCAAAUUCACUGGCUAGAAUUCGUAAAUUCCAAUACGUGCUGUAAAAUAAAGAAUUAUAAAGUUAAUUAGUAUUUUUUUGUAAAUUACUUGAAUAAGUGUUUGUGUUUGCCGUGCUAGUAAUGUUCGCUUCUUCGAAUAGUCCAGCCCAAGGACAAAAAUUACGCUAUCUGCCACAGACAAUUGUUUUUUUUUUACUUUUCGUAAAAGUAAAAAAAUUAUCACCCUGUGCAUAAGCACGGUCUACAUCCGUGCUUAUGCUGCCUUCUUUCUCGCGUUCCGGCGUGUCGCAAAAAAAAGAAAAAACCACACACACGCUUUCCUUACAUGAAAGAGUGUGCGCGAGCGUCCGCUGCCGCGUUAGAUAUGCACGCUUUCGAAUGCAUACGUGUACUACGUCCGUAUAUACGUAAACACAGGCUCCAGAGAAAACAGUGCCACUGUGAUGUUUUGCGCGGGCGCCGCGGAGGCCUUGACAUGGCGAAGGAUUUAGGUAGAAGCCAGGAAUGGCGGUGGCGGACGUUGAGGCGAUGUGAGCGUGCUCCUAAAGCAGGCCGCGGCUGACGCGCUCCCGAGGUCUUCCGCGCCUCGAGCACGGGUCUGGGCAUAGCCGCUCGACCGGUGUGCCCAGCCUCCGGCUCUACCCGCUGCUCUUGCGGCGGCUUCAGUGCCGGCCUCGUGGGACGGAGCGAAAGCGCUCAGCGAGCUGUACUAACUCUGUGUGUGUGUGUGUGAGGGACCGCGGGGACGGCGACGAGGGGUUCGCGCCCGUAAAUCCCGCGCGACGUCGGCCGAGAUAUUUAUGGGCGGCGCGCUUGAGAGCUAAAUUUAUGAAUAAAUAUUCCAGCCACGUCGUCCCGCACCCCGACCGGCCCAGGGACGAGGGAGCCAACGGGCUGCACCGCCGGCGUCUGGAAGCAGAGCGAGAGGAAAAUAAAAUAUAAAAGGAAGGAGUGUCGCUUUGCCUUCGCUUGGAAGCAUGCUCGCCAGCCUGCCUGCUGCCUUGCUGACUCGCUUGGGAGGAAAAAAAAAGAAAGAUACUACAGCGUCGGCCUGCCCUGUUCCCUUCCGCUCCUUCUUCUUCGUGGCUUCCUGCUCGCCGACACUUCCUCACGGAGGCCGAGUUUCUUCUUCUGGAAGAAGCGACCUCGACAAAGAGGUCUGUUAUGGCAUCGAGAACUCACGCAUUACAAGCGAUGCGAAGCGUUACACAAGAAGGCAGCAAGCCACAUCAGAGGUCCACAAUGGAUUACGCACCCUCAAGACGCAUGGCGUCCACAACGUGGUCGUUCUCUAUGGGAAUCAGAGGCGCUCAAGGCGAUGGAGUUGCCGUGCCGAGGUAAUAGGCGCUUCGUCAAGGUACCAACGUGGGGUCUUGAUCACCGACGAUGUAACAGCGCAAGUGACCAUAAUAGAUGCUUGGAUGCUAGCGGCGCAGCCCCGCAGCCGGAAGCAGCAGCAGUGCGAGCGGCGGGCCUGAGCGCCGUUCGGCCCGCCACAAGCAAGAAGCGGAGAGCCAACGAGGGAGACCCCGUCACCGGGCCGCGCCCUGCCUCCUCGCGCGUGUCCGUGCCUGUGCUGAGAAGAGGGGCGCGCCGGACCAGGGCCCGGUGGCCAAAGUGGCCGGCCUCGCGCUGGAGGCGGCCGAAGCGUUCGCGCUGGAGCCGCAGCCCCCACAGACAGCCACCAAGAUCGGCGACCUGGACCUGGCCAUGAGCUCGUACUUCGCCAACUCGUACCUGCCCGACAUGCGGCCGGCGUCGGGUGGCGUCGUCGUCGGCAACGGCGGCGACCACUACGGACCCCCGCCGCCGCCGCCGCAGCAGCAGCCGCAGCCCAACGGCGACCACUGCGACCAGCGGCAGCAGCAGUACUUGCAGCAGCACUCGUACGGGGGCUCGCCCCAGGGCUACCCGCGGUUCCCGCCGUACGAUAGGCUGGAGAUCCGCGCCAUCAACAGCGCCCCGAACUCUCCCAGCCCACCGGGCGGCUACUACGGUAACCACUGCGGCGUGCCCCCGCCGCCCCCGACGCCGCACCAGCAACAGCAGCAGCAGCCGCCGCAGAGCAUGACGCACCCGAGCGCGUACGUGCCCGCCGCGGCGUCCGUGGACGGCGGCCAGAACUGUCGCGGGUCGCCCAGCGAGGCGCCCGUGCCGCCGGCCAUGGCGCAGUACCCGAGCUGCAAGAUGCAGGGGGGUCCCCUGGGCGCGGGCGACCUGCCGGCCCGGGCGGCCUCGGAGUGCGUCCCGCCGCAGACGCCCGUCAUGCACCAGGCGGCGUGCGGCAGUCCGCCCGGCGUCCACCACUCGCCGCCGCAGCAACAGCUCUACUCGCCCAGUCACGGCGGCAUGCCCCCGAACGGCCAGCCCACGCACAACUCGGGGGCCAUGCCCAGCCCUCUCUACCCCUGGAUGCGGAGCCAGUUCGAGCGAAAGCGGGGCCGCCAGACGUACACGCGCUACCAGACUCUGGAGCUGGAGAAGGAGUUCCACUUCAAUCGCUACCUGACCCGGCGGAGGAGGAUAGAGAUUGCGCACGCCCUGUGUCUCACCGAGCGCCAGAUCAAAAUCUGGUUCCAGAACCGGCGCAUGAAGUGGAAGAAAGAGAACAAGGCCAAGCUGGAGGCCGGCCUCGCGUUGGGACACGGGCCGCCCGAGCUCACGCACCACCCGGACCACGGGCCGCAGUGAGCCGACGCGCGUCUUCAUCGCCCCCCGUUAAUUACCCGCCUUCUUUCUUUUUGUUUUACAUGUUUUCUUUAAUUUACUCGGUCCCACCAGCACCCACCACAAACAAGACUUGCGUUCCUCCCCAACCUAGUAGCUGGCCGCGCGCACAGAGCGAAAUCAUGCGGUGUUUUUUUUUACACACGCAGGCACACGCACGCGCGCGCACGCACGCACGUCUCCGGCGCUUACAACUUCUUGUACGAGUAUAUCGCACUUGCGGUGCCUGUAGCUGCCGCCGUAUACUGUCUUCUCGCCAUAACGUAUAGCAUAUCUGAGCUGCAGGGCAACGAACUUGCUUUACCCGCGAUUUGAUGGGAAUUUGAUGGCACCCGGAGUUGCCCGAGGUUUCAUCCCGAAGCGCGAUUCCCAAACAGCUCCGCUUACCAUGCAGCGCAUCUCUGAGGACGCGGACGCGUCUUGAGAUUUUGUUGUGCGCAACUCCUGCGCGGCAGGAUCCUUGGGCGUUGUAGCACAGGUGUAGCAGCUAAAACGGGCCAUUUUGUAUCACAGCUGCCAAAAAAAAACAUUAUAUGGGCUGGCUUGAAAGGUAUCACGGCAACUCGUAUCUGAGGUUACUUUUUAUAGUUUCCUUUCUUUUGUUUUUGGAGUAGGGCAACAAGUCCACAGGAGUUUAGCCAACCAUGAAAAGCUGGGGAGAAGGGUAGAGGUCUUCAGUUUCCCAGGGGAAUAUGCUUCACCGGGAUGUCAUCAGCUGACAUGCACGCUUGAAUGAACUAUCACAAGGAAGCAUGCACACCUUCUCUCGUUUGUGCACAAAUGUUACAGAUGACUUUCUCAAACUGAGGAACUAAGUUGUCACAGAUCAGUUUGCUCGCUUGUGUCGUAUAGGAGACCAGUGAGGCGAAAUUUUUUGUCUGGUCAUCUUUGUGGUCGUUGUUUUAAGCACAGUCGGUCAAGCGAAAGCUUAUGCGGGAAAAGAGGCAGAUUUUGAUAACAUUAUGUGCUAUAGACCACGCAUACUUUGCUAUUUUCGCUAUCGAACACUAUAUGACGAUGCUGUCAAGCAUUACAUUAUACUUUAUUUUUUGCUACUAAGAAACCGAAUGCCACCGAAUAUUCACUUUCAUGCAUACUUUACCAGGAAAGAAACAUGCCCCUUUGCCCUGUGGCAAGCCGUGAGAUUAUCGGUAUACGUAGUGCCAUAUACGUAAUCUUUUUUUUUUUUUUUUCUAAACGAUACGCGAACCUUCCAGUUAUACGUCUGAAGUACCAAAUAUUUCUAGAGUACUUUCGUUUAUUAUUCAUACUUUGUACAAAGUAGCUCUAUCAAUAGGUAUUUUGACUAUGCCUCAUAUACGUAGCGCGUAGCGCAUAAUGAUGUUUUAUUUUUACGCACGUAGAAAGUAUUUAUUAAAUAUAGAAUGUCUGAUUACAGCAGCGUCUCUAGCCGUGAGUUGAGCUGGCUAAUGCGAUGUACCGUUUAUACGUGUCAACUGUGACGUUCAAGAUAAGUAUACGUUUGUAACGGCGCUUCGAUUCGUCCCGACAGUGGGAACGCCGCUUAGUGCAAUAUUUGUGGUGUUAUUAUUAACAUUUUGGCAUCUCACUGUUCAGUGGGCAAAAUACUGCAUUUCUUCAGCGGACGUUAGCUCCGCAACCCCCAACAGGGCGAAACUCAAAGGUGCUUUUCAGCCACUGUACACAGUCAAAUAUAGCACAAUAUAUGUUCUCGGGAACUGUAGAGCCAAAUUCUGAACGAACGAAUGACGAACAAAGUCGUUUGCAGGUUCAUUUUUCUCUGCCUGAUUCAAAAUUACUGCCUAGUUCAGAGGUAGGCGGCUGUGCGUAGUACGAAUAAAGUUUGCAAGGUCUGAUUAGCUCAUGGCCAGGAUAACCGAGACUACUUUAGAUGGAGUUAGAGUGACAGCACUACCUGCGUAAACAGUUGCUAUGUUUCGUUUUACCAGGCACAAUAAUAAAUUGCCAAAGCAAGCACACACGAAUGAUGUGCCUUUGCUCUUCCACUUUUUUUUUUCAUAACAUUGCGCACCUGUAUUCCGCUGUUGAGCGAAGCCAGAGUUCACGGCGCUUGAUACCCCUUCAUGUUGACCCCUCCCCCCACCCCCCAGUACUUUAACGGCACGUUUAAGUAUACGAUAGUCAAGGGACGGUGAGCUUAAAGCCACGCCACCGUGCAGCAAAGAUGUUCUGUUAUUCUAUUUUUUUUUUCUUUGCGUUGCAACGGUUACAAGUAAGCAAAGAGAACAGGUUACAACAAUGAACCGCCCACACCGCGAAAAAAAAAUUUCCCCCUUGCGUUCACUGUGCGCUAUCCUCUUUGCAUUCUGUUCUGUCUACCUUUCCGCGAAACGUCCUACCCGCGUUUCGAGAACUCGUUAAGGAAACGCGCAAGCGAGUCUGCCCCUUUUACGCUGUGAAUGCACGCAGUAGUGCACCAGGGGAGCUGGAACGGUCAGUUCUCGUCGGCGCGACCCCCCACCGCCACAUCGGCACCCCCUGGGAAGGGCGCUUCGCGCAUCCCGUAGCGGCGCUUGCGUAGGCGCACGCCUUUGUGUCCGAGAAGCCAGGCGGCGCCUUCUUCCCCCCACCCCUCUACUCCCCCACCGAGCGCACCGCUACAGUGGCCACCACGCAGCGCACCCCUUGCAUGCACCCCUGUUGCGCAACCACAGCACAAAAAUAAGAAAGAAAAACAGCGAGAACCACCGUAACCACCACGUAACAUCGGCCCGGGUCUGGCCGGUCCCGUGAACAAAAGUGACACGACGCCGAUGCGGGUAGGGUCGUCCGACGGCUGCCAUUUCGCCUGGCUCAGCAGCUGCCUAUCUUCGUCUUUCUUCUCUGCCUGUGUGUGUUCCUCGAGAUUGUGCAUACUGCAGGCACCGCGCACUGUACACAACGCGCAAGCCCGUAGCUUUCUUCACUGCUGGCGCCCGAAGAGGCGACGUGCGGGGAAGCGUUCCACCCUGCCUUCACCGUGAGCAGAAGAAGGGCGUCCGUAUCAUCUCGAGGCAGGAUGGCUCGAACUUCGACACUGUUCUGCUCCUGGUACUGCUGAAGGAUCUCCUUUCUGCUGCUUCGCUGUAGACGACAACGUAUAUUCGCAUUGGCGAUCCGCACUGGCAACUUCGACAUGAUACACAUAGGCUCGACCGCCACCGUCUUCUUCACCGACGCGACAUUUAAACGCGAUCUGAGGCGCACGCCUGCAUGGUUCUGGCGUAGCCCUUCUGCGUGCGGUGGACAGAGCCACCGGCAAGACGCUGCGGACUUUGGCCCCUUUCCCCUGUUGUGCGUUCCGCUGUCCUUCUCCGACGCGCAAACUCCUUCUUCUGGUCCAGAGUCACCGUGAGACGUGCGACAUGGGAAUAUGAUGGCAGAAAAAGAAAUGCAUAAUCCAGCUGCAGCGCGGGCGUUAAUAAAGCCCCAUCAGCUCGGUCUCGAAGAGCUACUCAGUGCAUGUGGCCACGGUCUUCAACGGCGCAAGUUGCCGGUUUGCCGAAGGCAAACUGCAGGAACUGGACGUUAUCGUCAAAGCUGCCUAGGACUGCAGAAUUUACACGUGACUGUAUGCACCGGCUGGAAGCGAGUGCCGAACGUUCGUUCCAAAAAAGUGUGGAGUGCUUCGCGUUGCCUGGCAUGUGACCAUAGUACACUUAUACGCAUCCAGUGACUCGAUCGUGUUCUGUGUGUGGUGUUUGUGUGUGUGUUUCGCACGCCGCUGGCCGCCGGACGUGCUCGUCGCCAAGGCGUCUCUUCGGUUCAUUCUUGUCUGUCCGUGUGCCCCACUGUUUCGCGAUUCGAGAGAGCGAGUGUGUUUGUGUCUGCGCGUGCGUGCCGACCACGCCGCCAGCGGAGAAGCAGUGCUCACAGUUUUUCUGCUCUCGUCUGCAAACGCGCGCACGUGUUAUGUGUGUGAGUGUUUUGUUCUUGUGGAGUCGUGCAGCGUGCUGUGCGCGUGAAGACAAAAAGAAAGCAAGAUGCGUGAAGCAGAUUGUCGCGAAAUGCAUCAUGUUUUGAUUGAUGUGACGCGUCGAAUGCGCUGACUUCUCGCGCGCAAGCGUGUUAUGCUAUUUCACCCUCCUUUAUUUUUCCUGGUGAUGAAAGGGGACUGUUGACUGUAAAAGUAAUGUCUAUAUGGUUGUGUCAAUGAAAUAUGCCGUGACCCUUGAUACUUAUCCUUUUAUUUCUUGAGCGUACUGCUGUAUGUGUUUUUUUCCUCGACAGCAGCAUAGUCGUAGGCUCGUCCUUGUCUGCUUGACCAUGGCUUGACAUUGCGGUCAUUCAUAUUCAUUCACCCUUGUAUUUAAUUUCAGACGCGGGUAAAUACACUUGAAAAUACUCACGCCGCUUUGAUCAUUCAACUCUUCAACUCGUGAGCGCAGAGUUAGCGAUGAAUGUGUGCCAUGUGAAGAGACGUCACCUCUUUCAGGUUGCUAGUGUGCAUUCAUUUAUGUUAUUAAUUAUUUUUUUCAACCUGUGAUUAUAUUUGUUAUCGUGGCAGUACACCUUAUUGUGCUUUGUACAAUGCUGUCAAUUCCUCGAGAUUCAAUUUCGCCGAUCUGGAAGAAUUAAAAAACAAUGGCUCACCUUUAUCUUCCUUCAGUUUGCAGGUUUGUCUUGCCCUGCGUUACUUCAAUCUUCGUUCACGACAAGCAGACCAUCAUAUGCACCUUCAACACGUGCUAUUGCGACAGUAACCUGUUUUCCGUAACGAAGUACUUCCAGCUUGCAUUGUACUCCUUUAAAGGCACGUUCGUGUAAAGCUGAACUGAAGCAAAAGGUCAACAAAACAUUGUCCUAGUGCCAUUAUUCUUUUUGGCACAUUCGCUUUGGCUCGCGACUUAGCAACAAGAUUCCUUGAGGGAUGAAAUCCGCUUUCGGCGGAUUUUGUGAUGUGACCUUUAUUGGGUGUCCGAAGAGUAACCGUGCAGUGAGAGAAAAAAGAAUAUAUGUGGGUAAUUGUGAAUAACGCCGCAGUUUCAAGUGCGAUAUGAUAGCGCAAGACUUGUACUUCGUUUGAUAGCGUCUGUGUGGUACACUUAAAGCACUUGUGGUGUACAAGAACAAUCCUCACACACUGCAGGAGCUACAUACUGCUAUUACCCAUCGCCGUGCGCAGCUAACUCUAGCGACCCUCCAUCGAGUGUUCAACAGUACGUAGUGUCGUGUGCAGACAUGUCUUCAAGCCGGUGGCGGACAUUUUCAGCAUGUCCUGUAGGGAAUCUGCACUGCCUUGCAGAGUCAAACUUUGUCCUUCGAAUACUAACUUCAAGCUUGAAAUUUCAGGCCCACAAUUUCCACUGCGCAGUAACUUUCCGGGCACCCAGUAUGUAUGCGUUCUCGCCGGCUGAGAACUGCAUCCGCACAUUACUAAUGGCUAUCGUAAGAAGCCUGCUGAGUUUCCAGGAAAACCUCUGUGAGAGUGUUCCUUAUAUUUUCAGUGUUCUUCUAACAGUGGUACAAUGCUGAACUGUGCAUCCUCGUGCUUGUUGAAAAAAUUGGGCGCUUUCUCUAUGCUGUGUUCACAGGGUUGAAAGCAGAGGCCCGAAUUUUAAGCAUUCCGUUUGAGCAUUGCUGAAACGCGCAUUAAAUGACUCAUUAGAUCGUUGCUUUUUUUUUCCUAUUGAAUCUCAUGAAAAAAAAAGAUGCAUAUUGUUGUUACAACCUUGUACAUUGUAAACCGAGAUUAUUCGCAGCCAUGUCGCUCAAGUAAAAUUUGUGUACAGAUCUCAA